AGGUGUCUCAUGUUGUCAGCCGACAGUCUAUGAGAUUAGUAUAUUCUCGAAGGGAAGACAGACAAGAUGGAACGAUGGGUUGGAAAAGUAGCUGCCGUUACUGGUGCGAGUGCAGGAAUCGGUGCAGCUAUUGCUCGACAAUUGGUUACUAACGGUAUGACAGUAGCUGGAUUAGCUCGUAGAACAGACAAAAUCGAGGAACUUUCUAAUAGUUUAGAAGGGGCACCAGGGAAACUUCAUGCAAUCGAAUGCGAUGUGACUAAAGAAGAGAGUACAACAGCUGCGUUCUCUUGGAUUGAAGAAAAUCUUGGAUCUCUCGAUUUGAUGAUCAAUAACGCUGGUAUUGCUAAGGAGUCUUCGAUAACGCAAGGAUCACUUGAAGAUUGGCGAGUCGUUUUCGAUGUGAACGUCUUAGGAGUUUGUUUGACUAUGCGAGAAGCGACACGAUUAAUGCGUAAGAAAGGCGAAGAUGGUCUGAUCAUUAAUAUAGGUAGCUUGGCUGGAGAAAGGGUACCUGCUGUACCUGGUUUCGGUGUUUAUCCAUCCUCGAAACGUGCGUUAACUGCACUUGCACAGACACUACGCAAUGAACUGAAUGGGACUAAAAUACGUGUCACGAAUAUUAGUCCCGGUCUUGUGGCAACCGAAUUGAUGGCAUCUUACAGUGCCUUCUCCGAAGAAGUUCUAGCUACUAUGCCAUCGUUGAAAGCUCAAGAUAUAGCAGAUGCUGUGUCCUACGUUCUAUCUACUCCAUCUAACGUCGUUAUUCAAGACAUCAUUUUACGACCAAUGGGCGAAACUUGGUGAUUUUCUUUUCUAAGAUUUGUUCGAUAGUUCGAUAGUACGCUGAAUAGUACGUGGCUUCUGUUUCGAUUUUUUUUAUGGUUAGACAUGUAUUCACGUACUAUAAACAAAUAUCUAAUUCUAUAUUGUAUUGCUAAAGGAUUCGGUACGUCGCUAUUAUAUUUACCCAAUGCGAUCACUGUGAUUCGAAUAAAAUAAAAUGUAAUAGUAGAGCAAGUAGCGAUUAAUAAAAGAUUUUUCUUUGAUGGCAUGAAAAUAAUAAUAAUUUUACAUGA